UGGCGGCGGCGGCGGGGCGGCGGCGCUGAGGAUGAUAUCGCGAUACGCGCGGAAACCGGUGCAGGCACAAGGACUCCCAAAACAUGCCCUGAGGCAUCACCCACCGCCAGAGCCAGGGGCUCAGGUGUGUUCAGCCACAUCCACGGCUGGAAACCUCGCCCAGACCUCCAGGGAGUCGGGAAUCCGUAAGGGAUCGGAUGAUCAUGGGGAUGCACGCACUGCGAGCCAGGGUCGUGCUGACACCUCCACAGAAGACAGCUCGGUCUUCUCUUGGGGCUAUGACGAAUUUGACAAAGCUGCCACACAGCAAGUUCAGCAGAUGUUCAGACAAGUUGAUGAGCUUCUGUAUGAGCAGAAGGAGACCGUUCAUGUUGAGGGACUGCGGGAAGAAUGCCACCAGUGGUCCUCCAGCUUUCCUCAUCUCAGGGUGGUGGGGAAGCAGGUGGUGGCCCCCACAGAUGAAGGGUAUGGAUGGUACUCGAGUUCCCCCUCGGGCAGUUUGGCUCCCUCGGAUGUAAGUUCACCACAGGAAAAGGAUUCUGAUGAAUUUAGCGUUUUGGGCAAGAAGGUGCCUCUUUUUGUUGCUCCUGCUCACAAAAAGGCCAACCCUUCCAAGGCUCCGACCUUGUGUUCCUCAGAGAGCGGUGAAGGGGAAGAGGAAGUCAUUCUCUCCGAAGGCAUAGUGGAGGAAUACUUGGCAUUUGACCACAGAGAUGUGGAGGAGGAAUUGCACGAGAGGAAAAUGGGACUGUCCUCUGGCAGACGGAAACUGGGGUUUCCUCCUGUCUCUCCCUAUUCCUGCAUGAAGGAUUCCGUGCUCACCUUUGUGUUUGAUGACGUGUGGAGUGAAGUCCUGGUUUGCAUGGAAGAAUUGAUCUGCAGGCACUGGGAAGGGUCAGCCUCUGAUGAUGAGAAAAAUAUCAUAACAGUGGAAACGCUCCGAGCAGAUGCCAGAAGCCCUUUGCAGUUGGAUCCUCUGCCAGCACUGCUACCUCGGGUGCCACACACAAAGAUGCCCUCAGUGGCAUCCAAUCUGUGCCCAAAACCCAGAGGUGGCCGCAAAAGCAAAAAAAGGAGAAAAACACCUCAAGUAAGUCUCUCUCAAGGAUCAAGUAGUAGUUCUCAGCGUAACCUGAAUGGCUUGAUGGUGAUCCAUGGGAUCCAGUUACACCAGAGGAACCUGCCUGUAGUGGAGAAAACACUGGAGCUGGAUGACAAACGGCCAGGUUCCAGUUCCCUCCUCUCCACCCGGACGUGGCCAAACCGUUCCCUGGAGCUCAGCACCUCGUCCCUGUCCCGCUGCACCAGGAGGAGGAACCCUCCACCACGGACCCUGCAUCCCAUCGGCACCCCACGCUCCGGGGAGGAUGUCUGCAGGCGCCUCCUGACAGCACAGGAGCAGCUGACCUCACCCUCCCCACUGCUGCUGAACAGAAAUCACCCCCUGCCACCCAUUGCCACCACCACCGUGGCAGAGCAUGGGAGCACCACAGGACCCCACAGGCAAACGAAACCUCGAGGGAACUCGAGCCAUGCUCACAGAGUCACGACACAAGAAGACACUCGCCAGCAGCUGCAGGCACAGCUGUUCCUACCUGAUCCCUUCUCCAGGCCUAACACAACCACCACAUCCUCGCCCCAUUCCCAGCGCCGCCGUUCUUGCACUGUUACUGAUUCCAGUAAUCAAUCCUGGACGAGGAGAGCAUCCACGAGUUCAGGUCUUCCAUCACGUGGUUCUGUGAAAGCCCACAGCCGAAGUGGAUCAGGCACAAAGAGCAAACAGAGGCACUGAUGUGCCACGGAGAAGCAUCCACCCAUCCAUCCCUCUCCAGAGAGUCAUGAAGCACCUCUCUUUCCCAGCAAGGUCAACGUUGUUUACACAGAGUUUUCAAACACCCUUCCUUACAGAUAGUUAUUUUUAUAUAAAUCUAAGCAGCAGCUGCCAAAGAUUAGAAGGGGUGCACUUAAACAUUCCACUUCCUAGCAGUAGAGAAAGUGAUGCUCCAGUGGAAGGGUGAAUACAUUCCUGUGAAGCCCAACUCCUAGAAACCCAGCAAACACUCUCAGUCCGUGCUUGUGCUGUUUUCUGUGAGGCUGGUGACAGGUUCAUGUCCUUACAGGCAGGUACUGCAGGACCUGCUCAUUUUUCCCUUGGGAAGGUUAACCCGGCCUUCCACAGAUGUAGUGAUUUACUUUUUUAAAAAUAGUGUAUUUAUAUGUUUAAAUAUGUUUGAAGCAAUAUUGUACUAGCAAAAGCAAGCACUCAGCUUAGGCAGAUGAUGAAUGCUGUGGUAGCUGCAGCAGGUAUGAACACAGAUGUGCAGAACCAAGGCAGCAGAGCAGGUGAACUGGCAGCUCCAAGGGCAGCACAGCACUGCCUCUUCCUGAGUUAUAAUAAAACCUUUUACCUCUUCCUCAGUGACUGAAGAAGGCUGAACAGGCAAAAAGAAACUUCUUACUACAAGUAGUUUCAGACAAUACUCAAAAUCUUCCUGGUGAGACAUUUUAUGGCAAUUUCACAGAAUAGCUCAGUCUCCCUUUGUAAAAAUACCUAUAAUUACACAAGAUUUCUUCACUCCAAGGUAGAGCUCCAGAAGCCACUGAUGAAAUAGAGCUUACAGGAGCUGUGUCUGCCCUGUGUGACAGACCUAACAGAGGCACUUGCUGGAGUUGGCCUUGUGGCUCCAGAUAAGACAAAUGAAACCAUGAAGUACAGGCUUCUCAAAAUAAGCAAUUAGUUGAAGGUCUUACUCCCAAACAGAAACUGCCAGACCGAAAUAUAAAAAAAAAACCAAGCUGAGGUAGCCACUGGCUGUAUUUAAACAAAGUUAGGACGCUCCACAAAAACCAAUCUAGUCAAAGAGCACGGUUUUCCUGUAUUUUCUUAUUCUUCAAGAUAGGAAAAAAACCCCUUGUUAGUAUUUUUUUAUGAUAUGGCUCCCUGAUUUCCCCACUCCAGACCAGCUAAUAAUUUUUCAUCCAUACUGAAGCUCACAAGUCUAGUUGAUCCAAACGUGCUUUAAUCAGAAAGAGAGAACUGUGCAAAUAUAACUGGGUUAACUUGCCUUUGCAUUUCCAGAAGUUAAAAAAAAAAAAAAAAAAGCAGCUCUGAACUCAGUUUUGAGUUUUCAGAGAGAGAAGGUGAUGCUCACCAGAGACCUCUACUCACGAAACCAUUUCAAAAUACAAUUUCUCUUCUGG